UGAGAAAAUACGCGAUUCGGUAGCUAUAUAUAUAAAACAAAAAUAUUACAUGGCCAGUGUUAAAAUGAAGCUGAUUCUAUUAAGUCUACUUGUCACGGUGUAUACCAUGAGGUUGGAUCCUGUGGUCAUAGAGAAAUGGGAGGGCCAAGUAGAACCGUACCUCGACGCCUGUGUUGCAAUCGCAGACGUUGAUUGGAACAUUGCAAAGAAUAUGUUCCGGAACGUACAUCUGCCAGAUGAGGGAAGUUUUCAUUGUUACAUAAAGUGUUUGUACGAUAAACUGUCGUUCCUUAAUUCCAACCAAGAACUGAACGAGGAUGUUAUGAUGGAAAAAGUUUACGCAUUAACGCCGGAUCUUUUACAACUUUGUGUUUCUGAGUCGGGCCCUAUAGAGGACAUAUGCCUCAAAACUUACAAUAUGACCAGGUGUAUUAUAAAAGACAUUGCUGAUUGAUCACUAACAGUCUUUUUUCCGCCAACGUAAAAUAUUAUAAUGUAAUCGCACGAGCACAAUAAAGUAACCAGGUUCUUAAA